AUCAGGAUGGAGCCACAGCCGGACGGAACAGUUCAAGUUGGAGAUAUUGACCCAAGGUGGCGCAUAGAACCAGAGACUUUUCAAAGAAAUUUUACACCAACAAAACCUCCAGUGCUCACUCAUCUCUUGUAUGAAAUCUUUUGGAUUAGAAGUUGCAAUACCUGGAAGAACUGGUGUACAAGCACUGGUCUCCAACAUGCUGAAAACAAUUUUUUGGAAAAUCACUGUAGAGUGAUAAACCGGAGAACUGAUCCAUGCUCUAUCACUUGGUUUCUGUCUUGGAGCCCCUGUGGUAGAUGUAGUCGCUCUAUAAUUGAUUUCUUGAAUAACCAUGCUAACGUGACACUGAAUAUAAAAGUCUGUCAGCUGCACAAAGAUUAUAUUAGGUGGAACCGAAAUGGUCUACGGGACUUAGCUAAUCAUGGAGUACAGAUAUCUAUCAUGCAACAGCCAGAUUAUGAUUAUUAUUGGAGAACAUUUGUAUCACAUCAACCAAGAGGAAGAAACGAUUGGCCAUGGAAUUUCUCUUGUUGGAUCCAGUAUUAUUCUCAACAACUUCACUCAAUCCUUACCACUACUGAAUAGUCCCAGGUGCUAUGGAUGGUCAUCCUUUGCAGCUAAUGAAGAAUCAGAUAUUUUCUCACAAACAGCAGAAACCUUUAGAAGCAUAUUUUGAAGACCAGUUGUCUGUGUAGAAGAACAAGAAGAAGAGUUUGGAUUUAUAUCCCCCCUUUCUCUCCUGCAGGAGACUCAAAGGGGCUUACAAUCUCCUUGCCCUCCCCCUCUCACAACAAACACCCUGUGUAUUUUAAUGUCUAUAGAUUGUUAGAAACAGAAUGGACUAAAAUAUUUUUUUCAUGCUUCAGAAGUUUUUACCUAGUUACAAUGAAUUUAAGAAUAUAAAUUUGUUGAUGAUAAAUGUGUGCUU